AAGCAAGCUCUCCGUUCUUUUUGGGCUCUGGUGGGCCGCCAGAGCACCCAAACGCUGGUCAGCGCGGCUGCAGUACACCCUUUUUCACCGCUCAUAAGAAUCCGUGCCAAAAGGCUGCCCUGGUGCGGAGGGAUUAGCUGCCCUCUGCACAUACCACACCUAUAGCAUCACGCCGCCGCAGCAUCGAAGCCAUGCCCCCCAAGGGCGUCGACGCGCAAGCUAGAGAAGCCAUGACCCAUGAAAUCGCCUGGUGCCUCACGGCGAUGCAGGCCGGCCAGAAUAUGAUUGAUGCCGCGCGCCAGAUCGAAGCCAAAUGCUACGACAGCGCGAAGGACGCGCAGGACUACGAACGAAAAGUAGAAAAACGGUUAGCGAAGGCGGCGAAGGCCCUCGAGGCGAUGGCCACUCGACACAUAUAUGGAGCGGCGCCUCCCGGGUUCAAGUGCUGCUUUUGCGGGGGUGAUUCCUCCAUCCGCGGAUUCUGCCCUCUUUCUCCCGUCAAUAACCCUGGGUACUUGGUAUCGUUCGCGCCGGACCUGGUCGCGCACGAGAUGUGCGCGCUCUACUCGUCUGGCGCCCAAGUGGACAUCGACCUGCUCGGCGACAACCCGAGAAUUCGCGUCGUGCUGGAGAACCCGGGCGUCGUCGACGUCGAGAGCCUGCGCAGCGAGCUGCGGCGGGGCAAGCGGCUGACCUGCGCGCUCUGCGGGCUCAAGGGCGCGACUGUCGGCUGCCACUCAUGCUCUAGAAGGUCUUUCCAUUUUCCCUGCGCGUUACGGGCGGGACUCGUUGAGUGGCACUGGUGGCGGACACGUCAUAGACAAAGGGUCGUUCACUGCACGGAGCACCUCGACCCGCGGUGCCUCGUCUCCUGGGUCGAGGUUGUCGGGGAGGACGAGGAGGAGGAGACGUGGCACGAGGGCCGCGUGGCCGACGGGCCGCACGAAGGCAAGUACCGCGUGCUGUACGAGCGUGAGCUGUACGAGCGUGACCAGGAGUUAAUGAACCCGUGCGAACUCGCGACCUGCGCCAGGAUGCGUCGGCCGCCGCCGGGCGCGGCGCGCUGGGCAGCGUUUGCUGACCUGUGCCGGCGAAGCGGCGUCCCGGCCGCGGCGGCGAGCCAGAAUAGAUUUCCUAGCUACAGCAAGGUCCGCGUGCGCCUCGGCGGCGCGCCGUUCGACCAGGCCGCACGCGUUGCCGCCCGGAGGCCCAAGGCUGACGCUGACGCGGCCUGCGCGCGGCCCCUCGCCGUGACCGAGGGCGAGCGCGCGGCGAGCCGCGCUGUCGUUGCGUCGGUGCUAGGUCCAGCGCCGCGGACGCGCGGUGCCAAAAUCACUGUCCCCACGCCGGCGCGCCGGAGUCUCGAGCCGCUGCCCUGGCGCGCCGGCGCGCCGGUUCUCGACUUGGCUGCGGCAUGGCUCCAAUGUCGCGAUAUCGAUGCGCUCGCGACGACAGGGCGACUGGGCUACUCCACGAUCAAAGGAGACGCAAAUCGCUUGUUCACCACGAUGCUGGCGCGUGACCACGGCGCCGACGGCGCGGCCGCGCUGCGGGCCGGCUACUACACGGACGCGUGGCAAGCUUGUCGCGCCCUGGAUGGCGCGCAUCUCCACUGGGCCGCGCGGCACGCUCCGACUGAGAACGCUGGUCCGGGAGCAACGAGCUUCCGCGCGACACGACCGCGUCCCGACCGCUUUGCGGCGGUGCAGAAGGUGGGCAACAGCGCCGGCGAUCUCACCCUAUGCGCGGAACACUUGCUGGAGGGUCCACUGUGUGCGUUCGAAAUUGAGGUCUCGUCUGUUGUCGGCGUUGCCGCCGUCGGCGUCGCUCUAGGUGAGAGGAGGAGAAAUCCAUCGCCGUUCUGGCUAGGUUGCGAGCCGUGCGACGGCUCCGCUGGGAUAUCGUUCGCAUUAGACCUGUACGGAGGUUUCUUCUACGGCACGAACGUGGAGCCGCGGUCCCUCGGGCCCUUCUUGCCGCGUCGGGCUUUGGAUGAGGAUAGUCUUGCCGAAAAAUUGCGUGAGUCCCCUCUGCGUAUUGGCGUCGUCGUCGACCGCCGCUUUCCGAGGCAAAGGCUGAGCUUCUACGUGGACGGAGAGUUCGUUGGUGUCGGCCUCGAGUCUAUAACCGACGGCGUCGCUCUCGACCACGUGCGGCCCGCGGUCUCGCUCCGCGAGGGCGGCGACAGCGCAACGCUCCGGCCCGCGUUCCCAGUGGUAGACCCAGUGGCAGACGCAACAUAUGGAGCGCCGCCCCACCGGCUCCGCACCGACACGUCGGACGACGGGGCGGAACUUACCGAGGCGGAAGUGCGCGGCGCCUUGCAAGCGGCGGGCGGGCGCAUGAAGACGAAGGACCUGCUGGUCCGGUUCAAGGCGCGGCUCAAGGCGAACCCGGCGAACAAGGACGCGAUCAAGCGCAUAUUGAGGGCCGUCGCGGACGUCCAGGACUUGUCGGGCGUGCGCGUGCUCGUGCUGAAGGCGGAGUAAGUCCUUAGUCGCCCAUUUGUGGUUGCUGUGGGAGACGCCGUGACGGCGACGUGAGGGGUGUGUUCCUAUAGUAACUGCCUAACCGCCAGGCGCCUUAGGCGGGGGAGUAGUCAACACGAGC